AUGUUAUCGUUACCGCCAGAACUCCUAGGAAAGAUAAUUUCCGAGGCUGCUUUAGCUGACCGGAAACGACUGCGGUCCACAUGUAAACUCUUUUCCGCAAUCGCCACACCAUUAAUUUUCGAAACUAUCGCUAUCGACUUCACCAAGAUGACUCAAUCGAAAGCUAAAGUCCUCGAUCGGCUCUGGUCUUCCAUGAACAUUGCCCAGAAGAAUGAGAUACCUGGACAGAGCAUAGAUGAGCCGCUUCUAGUUGCUGUGUCACAUAUGCAGUUGCUACGCAAAGUUGUAAGUCUUACCAUUCACGGACACAUCACGAUUGACGAUCUCUCCUCCGUUAUCGCCAAUAGUUCACAUCUUGUCCAACUCUGUAUCCAUUAUUAUCAAACAUGCCGUGGCGACAACACUCCCAUUCUACUGCUUAUUUCGUUCUUCAAUGCCUUCCCGCAGGGCAAAUUCAGUACCCUCCAGAUUCUAGAAUUAAACAGUCAUCAUAUAUCUCUACGUCCAUCUACCAUUCCAUCGCUGAUCCCGCCCCUGCGACAGCUCACGAAUUUCUCUGCUUCCAGCUUUGUCGUACCGGCCGUGUUUUGGGAUUACCUUCGUGAUGCCAAAAUACAUCUUAAAGGUCUAUCACUUAGUCAUCAUGCAGGAGACACUAUGUUAUUGCAUUACUUAUCCUCUUUCACUAGUUUGCAACAACUCGCCGUUUCCUUGCAUCGUUCGGUGGAUUACAGCGGAUACCUCCAGCUCCGACAUUGA